GAUGACGUCAUGCAGUCGAGACCGCUGAGCAAUGUCAGCAUACAGUCUUAUCAGGACUACCAGCCUAGUAGGAGAUAUGGGCAGCAGUAUGAGCCGGGCGGGUACGCGGCGGCAGUGCAGCAGCGUACCAACAUGACGCAGAGGGAGGACGCGCUGAAGUUCGAGCAGGGCCGCAUACGGGCGCUGCAAGAAGAGAGAUUGCACAUACAGAAGAAGACCUUCACCAAAUGGAUCAACUCCUUCUUGCAGAAGGCGCGCAUGGAGGUGGAGGACCUGUUCGCGGACCUGGCGGAUGGGAGGCGUUUGCUGAAGCUGCUGGAGAUCAUCAGCGGCGAGCGCCUGCCGCGCCCCAACUCCGGCCGCAUGCGGGUGCACAAGAUAGAGAAUGUCAACAAGUCGCUCAGCUUCCUGCACACUAAGGUGCGGUUGGAGUCCAUCGGCGCGGAGGACAUAGUAGAUGGCAACCCUCGGCUCAUCCUGGGGCUCAUCUGGACCAUCAUCCUGCGGUUCCAGAUACAAGAGAUCGAGAUCGAUGUGGACGAAGAGAAUGAGUCAUCAGAGAAGAAGUCAGCAAAGGAUGCUUUGCUUCUGUGGUGCCAGCGCAAGACGAGCGGCUAUCAUGGCGUGCAUAUACACAACUUUACCGAUUCCUGGCGCUCCGGAUUAGGAUUCAAUGCUCUUAUACACGCUCACAGACCGGACCUGUUCCGUUGGUCGGAGGUGCCCACGACGGAGCACGUGGAGACCCUCAACCAUGCGUUCGACGUCGCGCACCGCCACCUCGGCAUACCGCGCCUGCUGGACGCUGAAGGUACGUGUCAACUACACUCUAUACUCAGACCGGACCUGUUCCGUUGGUCGGAGGUGCCCACGACGGAGCACGUGGAGACCCUCAACCAUGCGUUCGACGUCGCGCACCGCCACCUCGGCAUACCGCGCCUGCUGGACGCUGAAGGUACGUGUCAACUACACUCUAUACUCAGACCGGACCUGUUCCGUUGGUCGGAGGUGCCCACGACGGAGCACGUGGAGACCCUCAACCAUGCGUUCGACGUCGCGCACCGCCACCUCGGCAUACCGCGCCUGCUGGACGCUGAAGACGUGGACACGACGCGUCCAGACGAGAAAUCGGUGAUGACGUACGUGGCCAGCUACUACCACACCUUCGCGCGCAUGAAGAACGAACAGAAGAGCGGGCGCAGGAUCGCCAACAUCAUCGGCCAGCUGAUGGACUGCGACGGGCGCAAGGCGGAGUACAGCCGCCUGGUGUGCACGCUGCUGGAGUGGAUCCGCAUGAAGAUCCAGGAGCUGAACUGCCGCGAGCUGCCCAACUCGCUCGACGGCAUCCAGAGGUUGCUGCUGGCCUUCAAGCAGUACAGGACUGUGGAGAAACCACCAAAAUACAAGGAGCGUUCAGAGAUCGAAGCGCUAUACUUUGACAUCAACACCAUGAACAAGAGUCUGGUGGGCGAGCCCUGGGCCCCGCUGGAGGGGCAGCUGCCCCAGGACUUGGAGAGGGCUUGGCAACAGCUGGAGCAGGCGGAGCACGCCCGCGAGCUGGCGCUCAGGACAGAGUUGCUGCGUCAGCAGCGCUUGGAACAACUCGCUUACAAAUUCCACACCAAGUCCGUGCUACGCAAAGGGUACCUCAAGGAGAUGAUCCAAGUGUUGUCCGACCCGCGCUACGGGUCCAACGUGGCGCAAGUCGACGCCACUGUGAAGAAGCACGAGGCUAUAUCAGCUGACAUAUUGGCGAGGACCGAACGUUUCGAAGAUCUGUCAGCUAUGGCGGCGGAGUUAGUGAAAGAGAACUACCACGGAGCCGAGACAGUCUCGCGGACUGAGCAAGCGGUGCUGCAGCGCUGGAAGGAGCUGCUGGAACUGCUGGAGAGGCACCGGAGCUCGCUGGCUAAGCUGGCUCAUCUCAUGUCCUUGCUGAGAGAGGCAGAUGCUGUGGCGCAUACGUUGGGAGAGAUGAAGGCCCAAUUCCAAUCUGAAGAGGUAGGCCGCCACCUGGUGGACGUGGAGCGCCUGCUGCAACAGCACGCGCUCCAGGAGCUGCAGCUUGGAGCGCUGGAGGAGAGCAUCAGGCGGCUGGUGCGGCACGGCGCGGGCGCCGACGGGCCUCAGCAGACCACACAACAGCUGCACAACCAGCUGCAGCAGCUGGAGGACUCGCUCACUGAAUUAGUGGCAGCAGCCAAAGACCGCAAAGCGCGGCUAGAAGACGCUAGGAACUUGUACCAGUUCCUGGAAGAUCACGACGAGGAAGAAGGCUGGGUGACAGAAAAGCAACGUAUUUGUCGCGCUGACGUGGCAGCCAAAGACCUACGUGCAGUACAAGCAUUAAGACAGAAGCACACUGCACUGUUGCACGAGCUACGCGCCAGAGACCUGGUCGCGCAACGACACCGCUCCAAGGGACAGAGCCUGAUAGACGCGAAGCACCCGAAGAGUGUGGAGAUAGAGCGGCGGCUCGCGUCGCUCAACAAGCAGUGGGAGGUGCUGAGGCAGUUGGCGGAGGCCAGGGAGAAGCAGUUGGCAGACGCUGCGGAAGCUCACCAGUUCUACGGUGACGCGAACGAAGCAGAGUCGUGGAUGCGCGAGAAGCGAGCGGUCGUCGCCAGCUCGGACUGCGGGCGCGACGCCGCCGGCGCUGCAGCGCUACUGGCGCGUCAGCGUCUACUGCACGACGAGCUGCGCGCGCACGCUGCAGAGCUGAAAGCGCUGGCUGGUGUAGCGCAGAGACUGAAGGCGCAAGGCAUACAUACAUUACAGUUGCCAACGGAGGUAGAAGCCAGCGCUGGUCUAGAACAAGAGGAGUGGGUGAACGAGUCUCGACUGGUGCCCACCGAAGUAUGGGAGGAGGAGCCCGUUGAAAGACUCGAGCACCGCACUGUUACCGAGCAAAGAAGCGUGCCACAGGUCAAAGCUCUAUACGCAUUCAGUGGUCAGGGCAUCACGAUAGCGAAGGGGGAAGUGAUGUUCCUAAUCAGCAAGACCAACCCGGACUGGUGGUCCGUGCGCAAAGCGGACCGCACCGACGGGUUCGUACCCGCCAACUAUGUGAGAGAAAUAGAACCCAGGGUCGUACCGGUCCAAGUCCGUCGACCCGAGAAAGUACGCACGGUACAGCGUGUCAAGAAGACGGUACUGGUGAAGCAGGUGGUGCAGGUCAAGAGGGGAGCCCCCGCGCGGCGCCCUAGGGCUCAGCCCCCGGCGCCCGCGCCGCACCCCCCCGUGCAGCAGCGCAUGGAGCAGAUCGAGGGAGAAUAUGAGGAGCUGCUCAAGCUGUCGGAAGCGCGGCGCUUGCAGCUCGAGGACGCCAUCAAGCUGUACAGCUUCUUCGCGGAAUGCGAUGACUUCGACAAGUGGAUCCGUGACAAGGAGAAGAUGUUGCGCGCUGAAGAUGCAGAGGACAGUGUUGACACCGCCAAGAGGAAGUACGAGAAGUUCGUCACAGACCUGUCAGCAGCCUCCAAACGCUUGGAAAGCAUCGAUGCGGCCGCUGAAGAGCUGGUGGCGGCUAACCACAGCCAGGCUGCCAAAGCCACAGCCAGGAGACAGCAGCUGAGGCAGCAGUGGGACCGCCUGCUGAGGCUCAAACAGCAGAAAGAGAAGAGUCUAGAAGGAGCAUCGAGCGUGGAACUCUUCAACCGUACCUGCGACGAAGCACUAGACUGGAUGUCUGAGAAAGAGCAACAGCUGGCAGCAGGCGGAGCACCCGCCGCCGACCUGCGCACUGUGCGCGCGUUACAACGUCGCCACGCGCAGUUGGAGCGCGAGCUGGAGCCUCUACGAGAGAAGGUGAACACCGUCACGCUGCUCGCUGACUCGGUGAAAUCUCAGUACCCCACCGAGCGCGCGAACGUGGAAGGCAGACAGAAGCAGCUGGAGGCCGCCUGGGGCAGGUGCAGGGCUCAAGCGGCUGAACGCAGGGCCCGGCUGGAGAGCGCUGUGGGGCACCAGGUCUUCGCCAACGGGGCGAGGCAGCUGCAGGAUUGGAUACAGAAAGUCCGCGAGCAAGUGUCAGCGGACGUGCACGCCAAAGAUGUGGCCACUGCAGCCGAGCUGGUGAAGCAGCACCAGGAGCUGCGCGACGACAUCCGCGCGCACGACGACGAGUUCAAAGAAGUGAUAGGACUCGGCAAGCAGUUGGUGGCAUCCAAUCCUGCUUUAACCGACGUCGCUGAGACUGCCAAACUCUUGGAGGCGGAACAGCAAGCAAUUAUAAAAGAGUGGCAAGCCAAGGAGCUGCACCUGAAGCAGUGCCUCCAACUGCAGAGUUUCAACCGCGAGGCCGACCAGAUCGACGCCUCCAGCGGCGCGCACGAGGCCUUCCUCGACUACAACCACUGCGGGUCGUCAGUGGACGAGGCCGAGGCGCUGCUCAAACGGCACGAGGAGCUCGAGGCGCGGCUGGCGGCGCAGGACGAGCGCCUCGCCGCCUUCUCGCAGAAGGCGCAAGGACUGGCACAACAGAAGGACAGACACUACGCCGCCGACCACAUCACUGCUCGUCGCGCGGCGGUGCUACAGAGGAGAGACAGCGUACGUCACGCGGCCGCCGAGAGACGGCGGGCGCUGCUCGCUAGCUUAGCACAUCAACAGUUUGUGGCGGCGACUGAGGAGUUGCAGGCUUGGAUACAAGACAAGACCAGGACAGCCAAGGACCAGAGUUACAGAGAUCUGGCCAACUUGGAGCGCAAGCUGCAGAAGCAUGAAGCGUUCGAACGAGAGCUGCAAGCCAACGAGAAACAGCUGAGGAAUGUUGAAAGCAUCGGGCAAGGUCUGCAGAAGUCGGACGCGACGCGCGCGCGCGAGGUGGAGGCCCGCCUGGACGCGCUGCACGCGGCGUGGGAGGAGCUGGUGGCGGCCUCGCGCGACAAGGGCUCCAAGCUGCGCCAGGCCUCGCAGCAGCGCCAACAUCGACGGUCGAUCGAGGAUGCGAAGGCGCGUCUGGUGGAGCUGGAGCGGUCGCUGACCAGCCAGGAGCUGGGCACCGACCUGAGGUCUUGCAAACGUCUGCUCAUACAGCAUCAGGCUCUAGAGCAGGAGCUGAACCAGUGCGAGCAGCGCGCGCAGUCGCUGGUGGCGCAGGGCUCCGACCUGGUCUCCAGCGGACACUUCGACGCGGCCGCCAUCGAGCGGGACUGCGCCGCGUUGCUGCAGGCGGCCCGGGCGCUCCGCCCCCACGCCGUCGAGCGGCGGCAGGCGCUGGAGGCUAGUCUACGACUCCACAAGUUCGCAGCGGAGGUGUCCGGCGAGCUGGACUGGGUGUCCGAGCGCAAGGCAGCGGCAUCCUCCACGGUCCUGCCCAACGACCUGCACGCGGCUCAAGCGGCUCAGAAGAAGCACGCCAAGCUGCGAGCUGAACUGCUGGGCCGGCAGCCGCUGAUCCAUCGAGUGCUGGAACAGGGUCGGGAGCUGCAGAGCGAGGAGCAGCAUCCUCAGGCUUUGAAGAUCAAACAACUGUGCAAGGAAUUAGAAGAGGCUUACUCCUCAGUGUCCCAAGCGGCUGAGGAGAGGGCGGCGAGAUUGGAAGAGGCUUUGAAGGCUCAGCAGUUCCUCCAUGAUGCGCUGGAGGUGGACUCCUGGUUGGCAGACAAGGAUGCUGCACUGUCCUCCGCUGACGUGGGGAAUGAUAGACAUCGGGCCACGCAACUGCUUACCAGGCACAAGGCGGUAGAGUUAGAGUUGGACACGUACGCGGCGAUCAUCUCCGAGAUGGGCCACGUCGCAGCAUCAAUGGCGGCGAGUGGUCACCCCGAGGGUGCUGCGCUCGUGAGCAGGCACGAGCAGCUGGCUGACUCGCUGGCGAGGUUGCAACGGAAGGCUGCGCUGAGACAGGCCGCGCUCGUCGAGAGCGUUUGCCGGCAUGAAUACCUGGCUGAAAGCGCUGAGCUGGAGAGCUGGAUCCAGGAGCAGUACGCGGCAGCAUCCAGCGAAGACUACGGCCAGGACUAUGAGCAUCUGCUGAUCCUCCGCUCCAAGUUCGAGGAGCUCCGACACCGGGUGGAGAGCGGCGCGGAGCGGUUCAACCAGUGCGAAGAGUUGGCUAAGAAGCUUCUGGCAUCUGAAAGUCCCUACAUCGCUGACAUCGAGAAGAGGCAGGAGGCUCUUGGUGAAUCCUGGCAACGGCUGGUAGACCAGAUCCAGUCCCGCGGCGCGCGGCUCCACGCCGCAGGCGAGAUCCACCGCUUCCACCGCGACGCCGGCGACCUGCUGGCACGCGCUGCCGACCGCCGCGCGCAGCUCGCGCCGCCGCCGCCUCCCAGAGACCUGCGCGCAGCAACUGCGUUACUGAGGGACCAUGACACUGCUGAGAACGACUUGGUGGCUAUAGAUGCUCAGAUGCAGGUGCUCCAAGAAGAGGGCGCCCGCCUCCAACGGCUCUGCCCUGGAGGCAACGAGCAGCAGAUUGCGCUUCGGCAGCGCGCGCUCAGCGAAGCGUGGGCUGCGCUUCGAAGCGCUGCAGACGAGAGGCGGAGACUUCUGCACCAGCAUCUCAAGCUGCACCAGUUCUUCACUGAGGUCCGCGACGUGACGUCCUGGUCAACAGCUCUGCGGGGUGAGAUGUCGUCGGGUGGCAGCGCGCGCUCGGCGGCAGCGGCGCAGGCGCAGCGUGCUCACCACGACGCGCUGCGGGCGGAGAUAGAUGCGCGCGAUGACAGCUUCCGCGCUGCACUGGCCGCUGGACAACAGCUUGUUGCGGACGGACAUCCCAACUCACAGGAGAUCGAAGAGCGCUGCUCGGCACUGCUGGAGGAGCGCGCUCGGCUGCAGGGCGCCUGGGCGGCGCGCCAGGUGGCGCUGGACCAGCUCAUCGACUGGCACUGCUUCCUGCGUGACGCCAAACAGCUGCACGACCUGUGCGCCGCGCAGGAGGCCGCUCUGAGUAGCGAGAUCUCCCUCACCAGCAGCGUAGAGGAAGUUGAGCACCAGCUCAAGAAACACGAGGCGUUUGAAAAGCUGUUGGCUACUCAGGACGAGAAACUGACCACGCUGAACAGCCACGGCGACAAGCUGCUGCAGCAGAACCACGUGGAGAGCCAGAGGAUCGCUGACGAGUUGCUGCAUAUAAACGAGAGGAGGAAGAAGCUGUACGAGGCGGCAGCGCGUCGUCGCCAGGCGUUGAUACGGGCGCGCGCGCGUGCGCAGUUCGCGCGCGACGCGGCCGAGGCGAGGGGCUGGAUCGCUGACAAGCUGGCGCAGCUGCCGGCGCACCAUGGUGAAGUGACCAAUCUAGAAGACAAAAUCAAGAAGCUGCAAAAGCACCAGGCAUUCACAGCUGAGCUGGCGGCGAACAGAGCUCGUCUCCAGGAGGUGCAGACCCUGGCGCAGCAGCUGACUCCGGACCCUGAGGUGGAGAAACAGUUGGAUGAACUGCAUAAGGACUGGCAGAGGUUGGAGGCGGCUACUGAACAACGAGGUCGUGGUCUAGAAGAAGCCCAGGAUAUCCUUGAGUUCAACCAACAUCUGGACAAAAUAGAAGCAUGGAUACGAGACAAGGAAAUGAUGGUGCAAGCGAACGAGACGGGCCGCGACUACGAGCAUUGCACAGCAUUGCUGCGUAAACUCGACGAUUUGGACAGCGACAUGAAGGUGGACGACAAACACGUGCGAACCAUACAGGGACUCGCGCACAAGCUGUUGCAACAGGGUCCCACCCAGCAGGCGGAGGCGGUGGCGGCGCGCCGGGACGCCUUCCUCAGCAAGUGGCGCGCGCUCAGCGGAGCCCUGCAGGCCUACCGCGGGAGACUCACGGCGGCGCUCCAGCUGCACUCUUUCAACAGGGACGUGGCGGAGACGGCGGAGCGCGUGGCGCAGAAGGCGGCGCAGUUCGCGCGCGCGGAGUGCGGGCGCGACCUGAGCGCGGCGCACGAGCUGCGGCGCCGGCACGAGGCGCGCGCGGCCGAGGCCUCCGCCAUCGCCGACCGCAUCCGCGCGCUCGGCGCGGACGGCGCCGAGCUGGCCAAGAGUCACCCCGACCAUGCUGGUCAGAUCAAGGCUCGGCUGGCGGAGCUGGACGAGGCGUGGGCGCAGCUGCAGCAGCUGUCCGCGCAGAGGACCGCCGUCUUGGACGAGGCCAUCGCCGAGCACAAGUUCGACGAGAACCUCAAGGAGUUGGAGCUGUGGGUGUCGGAGACGGUGAAGCGAAUGGAAGGCGCCGAGCCGGAGAGCGUGGCUGACGCUGAGGCGCAAUUGGAACAGCAUCAUGAAAGGAAGGCUGAAAUCGACGGGCGUCAAAAAGCCAUCGCAUCACUGCAGAAGGAAGCAGGCGCACAAGACCCGGAGAAGAUGAAACGAGUGGAGAAACUGUCUCAAACCCUCGACCAGGACUGGCUUCAGAGGAAGCAGUAUCUCACACAGGCCCACGAGCUGCAGUUGUUCAAGGAGCAGGCUCGACAGGUGGAAGACUGGCUCGCUGCUAAAGAAGCUUUCCUCAACAACGACGACCUCGGCGAAAACUUAGACGCCGUGGAAACCUUAAUAAGGAAGCACGCAGAGUUCACCAAACUGCUGGAAUCUCAAUUAGGAAGAGUGGUAGAGCUAGAAAAGUUCGCACAGAGCGUGGUGGCGGGCGGGCACUACCACGCGCCCUACAUACAGCGUCGGUUGAGCGCCGUCAGCAAACGUGCGGACUCUUUGAAGGAGAGCUGCCGCGUGCGCGGGCUGCGGCUGGAGCAGUCUAAGCAGCUGCACCAGUUCGUGCGCGACCUGACGCACGAGCGCGAGUGGAUCGAGCUUAAGAUGCAGAUCGCCACCGACACCAACUACAGAGAGCUGUCCAACCUACAAAGCAAGAUCCAGAAGCACGCGGCCUUCGAGUCUGAGUUGGCAGCGAACAAGAAGCGGAUAGACGACGUCGCUGCUACGGGAGAGGAUCUCAUUGAAGCACAACACUACGCGUCACAAGAAAUUGCACGACAUGUAGAAGAUUUGGAAAACCUGUGGAGGGAUCUUAUGUCAGCGGCGAAACUGCGCCGCGACCGUCUCCAGGAGGCCUACCAGGCGCGAGUGUACCUCCGCGGCCUGGACGACUUUACCGCCUGGCUCGACGAGGUGGAGUCCCAACUGCUGAGCGAAGACCACGGCAAGGACCUGUCGUCGGUGCAAGCGCUGCUGAAGCGGCACGCGCGGCUGGAGGCGGCGGUGGCGGCCAAGGCCGACGCGGCGACGCAACUGGCCGACACGGCGCAACAGCUGGCCGACAACAAGCACUUCAUGGCGGAGGAGAUACUGGACAAAGCUGACCAGGCUGUCAAACGGUACCGCCAGCUGCAAGAGCCAAUGCAGAUCAGGCGCGACAACUUGGAGGAUGCUGCACUCCUGCACCGCUGGGAGAGAGAUGCUGACGAGGAACUGAGCUGGCUCAAGGAGCGCGAAGCGACCGUGUGCUCGGACGAGGCGGGUGCUUCGCUGCCCGAAGCGCAGGCGCUGCUCAAGAAGCACCUCGCGCUCGAAGCGGAAAUCAUCGCCAGAGAGUCGACAAUAAACGCUGUAUGCACGCGCGCGGCUGCGCUUAGCAGACGCGGGCACUUCGCCAGCGGUGAGCUAGAGGCACGCUCCCGGGACCUGCGCCUCGCGCUGCGCACGCUGCUCGAGCGCGCCGCCGCCCGCACCGCGGCGCUGAGGGAGCGCUGCGAGCUGCUGCAGUUGUUAAACGAGAUCUGGGAGGCGGAAGCAUGGCUCGCGGAGCGACGCGUGGCUCUAACAGGCGCGGAGGCUGGUCGCGACGAGGAGUCUGUGCUGGCGCUCAUGCGGCGGCUGGAAGCGCUGCAGCGGGAGCUGACAGCCUUCCUGCCCACCCUGACCAAGCUGGACAAGGCUCUGCAGGAGCGCGCGUCAGAGGACGAGCAAGUAAGCAAGAAGCUGGGCGAGCUGAAGAUCUCGUACGAAGAGAUGAAACUGCUGUCAGCCAAGCGCCAGCAGCGGCUGCAGCAGAGCUUGAAGUACUUCAAGUUCGUCCAAGAGUGCGAAGAGGCUCAGGAGUGGAUAAGCGAGCAGAUGGCCACAGCGGCCAGCGAGGAGUACGGGCUCGACGUCGAGCACGUGGAGACUCUCCAGCAGGCCUUCGACAACUUCCUCACGCAAUUACAUGCCAACGAGGGCCGAAUAGAAGCGGUCUGCGAAGCAGGCAACGUGCUUCUAGAAGAGAACACGCCCGAAGCUGACAAAGUGAAGCAGAGGAUAGAAGACAUCCGCGGACUGUGGGACGACCUCAAAGAGCUGGCCAUAGCGAGACAAGAGGCGCUGGCCGGUGCGCGGCAGGUGCACGAGUUCGACCGCGCGGCGGAGGAGACGCUGGCGUGGGUGGCGGAGAAGGAGGCGGCGCUGCAGCUGCUGCGAGCGCUGCACCAGCUGCGCGCGCUGCGGGCCGACCUGCGCGCCAUCCGCGACCAGCACCAGCACCUCACGCAGGAGGCCGAGAGAUUGGGCGGAGCGUUCCCUGACGCUAAGGAGCACGUACUGGCCAAGUUGGAGGACGUGACGGAGUCGCUGGCGGCGCUGGAGGAGCGCGCCGCCCACAAUGAGCACCAGCUGGAGCUCGCCGACCAGCUGCAGGCGUACUUCGACAAGUACCAGGAGCUCAUGGCAUGGACCAAUGAGACCCUGGCGAGGGUGACUGCGCCCGAGUUGAGCGCAGACGUUGCUGCGGCUGAGCGACUGGUGGCGCGACACCGGGACGUUGCCGCCGAGAUGGAUGCCAAGGACGAGAGCUUCCAAACCUUCUAUGCCGACGGCGAGAAGUUGGUGCGCGAAGGGCACUUCAUGUCGCAGGAGGUGGAGACGCGCAUCUCCACGCUGAGGGCUCGGCACGGCACGCUGGCGGGCGUGUGGGCGGCGCGCGCACGGAUCUAUGAACACCACCUCGACGCGCUGCUGUUCCUGAGGGACGCUGACGCGCUCGACCAAUGGAUCACUAGCAGGGUCCCGCUGGUGCGUGACGGCAAGUACGGCGAGAGCCUCUCGCAGACGGAGGAGCUGAUCAACCGGCACCGCGACCUGGAGGAGACCAUCGACGCACAGAGAGACAAAUUCCUGGCGCUCAGGAGGAUCACCCUCAUCGAGAAGUCAUUCCAAGAGCAGAGGGACGAAGAGGAAGCGGCUCGCAGGAAACACGCAGAGCGUCAAGAACAAGAGCGACUGCAGCAAGUGAAGAGGAGAGAAAUGGAGAGGAUCACAGAAGAAAGGAGAAGAGAGACUGAGCUGCAAGACCAGCAGCAACAGCAACUGCAGGGGAUGCAGGUGGAACGCCAGCUCAGCACCGGCGCCAGCACCAUGACGACGGCGCCGUCAGAAGAGAAUCUUGCGCCGGCGCCGCAGUUCGAGCGACUGCCCAAGCCCGAGACCAAUGUCAAACGCGCCGAGAGCAUGAGCGUUGUGAAAACUCCAAAACGCACCCCGUCGUUCACGACGCGUCGCCGCACGCAGAGCUUCCGCAGACAUCGGAGACCGGACGAGCUGCCACCUGUCGAAAUUGAAGGUUACCUGGAGCGCAAGCAGGAGGCGGGGUGCGGCGGCAAGCGCGCGACGGUGCGCUCGUGGCGCGCGUACUACUCCGUGCUGUGCGGGCAGCUGCUGUGCUUCUUCCGCGACGAGCAGGACUUCGCCAGCUCGAAGGCCGCCGCCCCACCGGUCGCCAUUCUGAAUGCGCGCUGCGAGCCCGCGGGCGACUACACGAAGCGCGCGCACGUGUUCCGGCUGGCGUGCGCGGACGGCGCCGAGUUCCUGUUCGCGGCCGGCACGCGCGCGCUCAUGGCCGACUGGGUGGCCAAGCUGCGCUUCCACGCCGCGCUGCCGCCGCAGCUGCAGCUCACGCCCUACAGCGCGCCGCCGCCCGCCGACUCGCCCACCGCCGACCUGCGCCGCCGGCUCAGGAACGCGUCAUCAUCAUCGUCGAACGCGUCGUCGCCGGAGCCGCAACGCCGCACGCGGACGCAGGCGGAGAUCCUCCAAGAGCACCGCAACAGUCAGCGCGCGUCCGCGACGCCGGACCGCGCGUCCGCUGCGUCCGAGCGAGCGUCCGCGACCCCCGAGCGAGCGUCCGCCGCGUCCAGUCAGCUCGGCUCGUCUCCCGACAAGAGUCAACGCACGUCCGUCGAGAGGAACAUCGAAUCUUCUGUUUUACCAUCUCUACCGCCACGGCAGCCUCCGCCAGUCGCAGAAGAUGGUACUGAUGUUAUCCUAAGAAACUCUGAACAGUCUUCGCAUACGUGGGGUCGCACAAGGUUCUCCAAUGGACGGGACAUCAACUCAGAGUUUAUCAAGUCACAGAGAGAGGAAAUUGGGGCACCGCCCUUGCCUCUAAUGGAACCUCCGGAUAGACCACCAACUAUUCCCGAACGUGCGCCCAUUAUACCAGACAGAAACUACAACAUACCGGAAAGGGGCCCCACCAUACCAGAAAGGGGCCCCAACAUACCAGAAAGGGGCCCCAACAUACCAGAAAGGGGCCCCAACGUACUCGACAGGGGUAUAACAGAUAGAAGUAACAACAAUGACAGAAGCUCCUCAGAAAGAUCAGACAGGGGUGACAAAUCUGUGACAGCCCUGGUGAACAGUUACCAGCAGAGGAUGUCGAAGAGUUACCAUGAGAAGGAGGCCAGGAGUUCUGCUACCACUGGCUGGCAGGGCUAUGAGAGGCAGAACAAUAACUGGCAAGGCGAGGGCACUUCGCAUUUCUACACAGCGAGCGAUCUCGCAUACGGCGGCACUGGUUCUGGGAGCAACACCCGUCCCGCCUCCGUCGCCGGCAGCGGUGGGUCACCAGUGGAUCAGAGACCAGCUUCCAGAUCAUCUGGAGAGUCGGAGUUGUCUGUGGGAGGCACGAAAGAGAAGAAAGACAAGAAGAGCGUAUUCGGCGGACUGUUCAGCAGAAAGAAACGACCGCAAAGCCACAUGUAACACGAAAACGUCGCGGCACGGAAGUUGAAACUGACGGAGCGGUGUGGUGGGUACAAACUCCAUAACAUAAUUGUUAAUAAACGUGUAAAUCAUGUUGAAAAGAAACUAAGGAGAAAUCUACCGCAUAUGCUAACUAAAAUCCAGCGUUUUCAACUUCUGUCAUUUUUGUUUGAACAUAUUUUUUUUGGAUGUAAUUUUAACAUUUUUUUUAAAUUGCCAUUAAAUUUUUUUUAAUUUUUUUUUAAUUCGCCAUUUUUUGAUAGUCUAACAAAAAAUAUCAUUUUGUUAUUCAUUAAGUAUUUUUUUAAUUGGCAACUUUUCAAUUGCUUAAGAAUUUACUUUGAUGAACUUUGAUUGUUCUUUUUUUCUAAUGUAGUUAAAAUCAAAUUCUUGUCCAUCAGUGCCUUUAAAAUAUGUUAAGUAAUUGUUUAAUGGCAAUAUUACGAAAAACUAUUUAUGAUUGUUAAGAUGUAUGGCAACGUAAAUGUUUGUUAAAAAAAAGUCAAAAUCUUGUCUAAUCGUGCCUUCUUAUAUUAAUACUUAUAUUUUAAAAAAUGUGUUACGUAUUUUUAAUAUGGCAACAUUAUAACUUGCACUUAUGAAUCGAUAUAAGAAUGUUAAUUUUCAUUAACACAUUUUGUGCCUUUUUUGUAUUUAUAAAGAAAAUAAAAUGUAGAUAUCCGAUAAGUUUCUAUUAUUCCUUUAUCAUACUUUAAAUUUUAGGUCAAAAUUGGCCUUUUUUAUUGUCUAAUCAAAGUGCCCUUUGAAUCGUUUGAUUUAUUUUUAUAUUCUAAGCACAGAUUAAAAGGAAUUUCCAUAAACCACUAUGGACGAGAAAUAUUAGUAGAAUCAAAAAGGCUAGAACCCAAAAAGUUACAAAAGAAAACACUUGUUUUUUUCUAUGUUUCUUCAGUACAAGCAUAUAGGUAAUUUAUUAGGCCUAAAAAUAUUUAACUAAAAAAUUUAAUUAAUACAUUCAACCAUUAAACAUUAAUUAAAUAAUGAAAAAUAGUUAAUUUAAUGUACAAAUUGUUUUUGUUUUUUACAAACUUACUAAAAGGAGUAUCUAGGCUCUAUGUUCGGCUGUAUGUAUGGCUUUUUCUCUUAUAGUUCACGAGUUCUACCAUAAAUUAGUGAAUAAACAGCCUAUUUAGUUGUAAUAUUUUUUUCAGCUUUCUUGUUAAAGGCAAAGGUAUUACUCCGUACAGCCAAAAGUUGUAUUAAAUAAUAAUGAUUUUACAUUUAACAUUUAUAAUCUGUAUUUAAGUUUAAACUUACAGUUUUCAAUGUCCUUUUAAUCUGUGUCUUUGAGUUAUUUAUUUUUUUUAAAUAAUUGUUAAUAAAGUGAGCAUUGGCAAACAAAUCAGUCACAAAAAAAGUUCUUGCGUAAUACUAUUAAUCUUUUUAAAAAAAUAAUUUCUGUAAGGUCUGAAUCACAUUUCAUAUCAUACUAAUAAAUGCAUCGCAUAAAUAUUCCCGUGGGUAAUACGGGGAUAAAAAAUAGCCCAGGUUAUUUGCUGAUAAUAUUGCUUUUCAUUCUAAACAAAGAAACAAACUUACUUUUGCAUAAUUUAUUGGUUAUAAUUAUAAACUGCUAUUAAAUGUGAUUCAGGCUUUUGAAUACAUUCCUGCUAAAACUACAAAACAUUCCUUAAAUGCAUUUGUUUACAAAAAUCAAGUAAAGUAUUAAAUUGACAAUAAAACUUAAAUAAAUAAAAAACUAAAUUAGUUUUAAGACAAUAUAUAAUAAUGCAUCAUUUUAUUUUUUAUUAUUGUUAAGUUGAGAUUUUUAAUCUUAAUAACUUGGAUUAUUAUUUAAAAAAAAAAAAGGUUUUAUUAAAAAAAAACGUGAAUUCCAAUUUUGACACCAACAGUUGUAUCACUAAGCUUGUGAGCAAUCAAUUAAUUUUUAUUUAAUUUAAUUGUUAUUAAAAUAACCUUGAAAAUUAAUAUUAUGUUGAAAGUUUAUUAUUUUUUGCAAUUUGAUUUAUCUUUUAUUUACGUAGUUAGAAGUCAAAAUAAAUUAUACAAAAAUAAAAUAUUUAUCUAUACUAAUAUUAUAAAGAGAAAAACUUUGUUUUUAUGUUUGUUUGUUUGUUUGUAAUGAAUAGGCUCAAAAACUACUGGACCGAUUUUAAAAAUUCUUUCACUAUUCGAAAGCUACGUUAUCCACAAGUAACAUAGGCUAAAUUUUAUUUUGAAAAAAAAAUAGGGUUCCGUAAGAUUUUUAGGUCUUUCGGACACAAGGUGUAAAAAACUAACCAGAAAAGUAGGGUAAGGGUAGGUAGGAGUAGGGUAGGGGUAGCGGUAGGAUAGGGGUAGUUGAAAGUUUACAUCGAGUUUCACGCGGACGAAGUCGCAAGCGUCGGCUAGUCAUAAUUUAAAAUAUUAUCUUAAUAAAUCAGUUUGGCUUCAAGUUAUUUAAAAUACCCGAGAAUAACUUGUUCUUCAAAUAAACGCGUUACCAACUGAGUCGUCGCUCCAUAAUACAGAUUAUAUAGCCAAUUUGAAUAGCUUACACAACCAGGCCUCUUUUUUUUAAAUAUAAAAUACCUGAGUAUAACUUGUGCAAUUCUUCAAAUAAACGCGUUACCAACUGAGUCGUCGCUCCAUAAUACAGAUUAUAUAGCCGAUUUGAAUAGCUUACACAACCAGGCCUCUUUUUUUAGGGAAUAUGGAGCAUAGGCCCACCAUACUUCUAAUGUAACAAAUUAUGACUUCACGACUCAGUUGAUAACGCAAUUUGAUAUUUAUGUUGAUUGCAAGUCGAGUUUAGUAAUCCGCUGUUUAUAACUAAGUACAACUUAAUGAACCACCCAUAAUUAAAAUAUUAUACAAUCGUUGAAUUUUCCGUAGUUUAUUGCAAGUUAUUUGUUGAGGUGUCAAAGUUGGAUAGUUUUGUCGCAGACUAAAUGAUGGAAUAGACGGAACAACUACAACAAAACAACAGAGCCUCAAUGGCUCAACGGUAAGACCGGUCGGACUCAUCACCGAGGGGUGGUGGUUCGAUCCCCGCCCCGUUGGUCUAUUGUCGUACCCACUCCUAGUACAGUGUUUGUUGACUAGUUGGAGGGGAAUGUGAAUGUUGGUCAUAUUUAAAAAAAGAAAUGGCAAAUAUUCUUUUUUUUUUAUAAAAACAAACAAACAAAAAGUAAACUAUUUUACUAAGUAUGCAUAACUGUACUUGAUGCAGUUAUGCAUACUUAGUAAAAGCGGUCGGACUCAUCACCGAGGGGUGGUGGUUCGAUCCCCGCCCCGUUGGUCUAUUGUCGUACCCACUCCUAGUACAGUGUUUGUUGAAUAGUUGGAGGGGAAUGUGAAUAUUGGUCAUAUUUAAAAAGGAGAUGGCAAAAAAAUAACUAUUUUACUAAGUAUGCAUGACUGUACUUGAUGCAGUAAUCAUUAUGGGUACAAAUCACACAGCCCUGAUCAGGACGGCUUGUCUAAAUACAGACGCGAAUAAAAAACUUACAUGUAUAUUGCAUAUGCAUUACUUUGAACAGCUAUGUGCCAAUUUAUAUUUACAGCACGAAAUGCAUAGAGCAUGAUAAUGUACCUAAGAAAAAGAACCUUCCAAUGCAGAGCUCUUGUCUUGUCAGUAAAAACUGUAUUCUUGAUUUAAAAUUCUUAAUAAUAUUGUGUUUACUUUAUAGUGUAUAUUGGGUAUAACUUAAAAAACGAAAAUCUUAAUAAAUGUGAUAUUUUGUUAUAGUAAAAAUCAUUGAAAAGUAUUAAAAAAUUGCGUGGUAAUUUCUUAUAAUUUAAAAAAAAAUUAAAUUGAAUUUAAAUUGCAAUAUAAAUAACUCUGCGUCUAUUUUUCAUUUAGUCUGUGAAUUUUCUAAAAUAAGUUAAACGUAAAGUGUGUUUUUCGUCUAUUUUUUUUUUUUUCGCUCUGUAUACAUAAAUGUAAGAUACUGGAUUUGUUGUAGGUACUGUAUACAAAAAUAUAUAUUUUUUUGUAUAAUUAGUUUACGUAAGUCAUGUUUAUUAUAACUAAAAUUAUGAAAUAUAUAUUUUGCAUAAUA